UCAUGGGCCCCCUUGAGUCCGGCUACCCCCAUGUUCAAUGGUGAUCAAGUCUGGCUGGAGGAGCUGAUAGACCCUGCUUCUAACCAGUCCUCUCCCAGUCAGCCAUCUAGCCCCAGCGAUCCAAGCAGCAGUCCAGGAGGCAGCAGGAGUAGCAGUGACGGCACUGACAGCCUGCACAGCUGGAACUCUGGGGUGACCUGCAUCCUGCACAAGUCUAUCAAGAAGCAGAGCCAGGAAGCUUUUCAGACUCGACUCAGAGGAGACAGAGAGUCUGAAAAGCUUGGACCAGUUCCUUCUAGCAGGCCUCAUGGCAGAGGACAUCCACAGGCAGAGCAGGGAGGAGACAGCCACAGCAGAAAUCUGCAUCAAGGGAGGGGCUCUGUACUUUCACACACCAGCUCUAAAAGCGGCAAACCACAGUGUGUACUGGAGGAAAAGAUUGAAGCCAAACUGAAGUUUUCCCAGUUCCUGGAUGAGGUGACAUCUAAUGUGCUUGACCCAAACAGCCUGCAGGCAUUUGGAAAACCAGCAUCUCCCUCUGGCUUCACCAAUACAAAUGCUGAUCAGCCUCAAGCAGAGAUCCACGUGGUGAGCCCCAGGCUACCCUGCUCAAUGGCCCAGCAGCAAGGCCCUUUAGCCGAGCAGAAGACUCCAGAAGAGCGGACUUCUCCUGACCUGGUAGAAAAAAAGUAUCUGGAGACGGACAUCGACACUGUAAGGAAGGGCGAUGAGCUGCAUGACCUGGAGAUAAAAGCAGACACACCAGAACAAAUAGAUGAGAAAUAUGUGAUUCCACCUCCUCCAGAGUUCAGUCAAGGAUUUAAGAUGAAGAGUCACUUUCCUGAGUUUCACUAUGACUUCCCCAGAUACCCCUACAGAUCUAUCUCUCUGCCCAGGGGCAUCAACAUGAUGCCUGACGAAGUGAUGAACAACAUAGACACCAUCAGCUCAUUGCUGGAGCAGAAGGAGGACUUACGGAAAAGACUUAACUACACAACACACAAGCUGGAGCUACUGCAGAGCGAAUUUGACUCCACACGGCAGUACCUGGAGACGGAGCUGCGCAGAGCACAGGAGGAGUUGGACAAGUUUACUGAUAAGCUGCGCAGAAUACAAAGUAGCUACUCAGCACUGCAGAGGAUCAACCAGGAUCUGGAGGAGAAGAUCCACAGAAAUUCACAGCACCACGAUGAUGAAAAGCGUGCUCUGAGCAGAGAGAUCAUCGUCCUCAACAACCACCUGAUGGAGGCAAAGCUCACCAUCGAGAAGCUUCAAGAAGACAAUGAAAUGUACAGAAAGGACUGUAACCUGGCUGCUCAGCUUCUGCAGUGCAACAAGUCUCUUUACAUGGCUCAACUCUCAGAGCUGCCUGCUGACUUCCAGGAACGCCUGACCAUGCACCUGGAGGAGUCUCCCCUCUGUCACACCUACUCUGACUCUGUCCCGACCUCUCUCAUUGCCAAAGUGCUUGAAAAGCCAGAUGAGGCUUGCAGCAGCAGCCAGGCCUCCCGCUCCCCCAGCCCGCAAACACAGGAACAUGCCUUUAUUUUGGAGAGUUUGGGUCCCGGAGAACGUUUGGGGCUACGCGGAGCCUAUAAAACUGACCUGUACAGCAGUGACACAGCCCUGUAUUGCCCUGAUGACCGUCACCGUGAGCGGAGGCCCAGCAUGGAUAUUCACGGCGAGAGGAAGCUCCUGUACGGGCCCCAGAACUCCACCGACAGUACUCCAGAGGAAGGUUCGGUUGGGUUGAGAGCUGGCUUCUCCCAGGAGCACUUUGCUAAGUUCCCUCCCCCACUGGGUGCAGCCUCCAGUUCUUACUCGAGUUUUAGUGGAGGGGGGUCUGAGGACAAAGGCAACGGACCGCCCAGCAGUGCAGCUUCUUCCCCCCACCAUCACUCCCUCUACAUGGAAUGGAGGGAUGCAGGGGACUAUGAGAGAAAGAGUGAUUCAUCCUGGGAGAGGGACAGUCCACGGGGCUUUGCCAAUGCUCAUCCCUUCCAACAGACAGAGCUGAGCCACCAUCAGAACGGCAGCUCUCCCGUCUACAGCCGUACCAUGUCCUCCUGUUUCAGUGAGCCCUAUGAGCCGCUCCCCCCGUCCUCCUCCCCAAGUGUCGCCUAUGGAGACAGCCGUAGAGGCAGCACAUUGGCCCCCGAGGAAGAGGAGCUGAUUGGCCGGUGGAGACAACUUAGCGUGGAGGACUUAAGUGCUCACACCUACCGCAGCCCAGGACGGGCCUCACCUUACAGCUUCUCGGAGCAGCACUUCUCCGUCCGUCCCGCCAAGAUUCGACUUGGGCCGCUCUACAGCAGUUUCCAGGAAGGGGCUGACUACUACCACCAUGGAGUGGAUGUCAUGGACCCAGUGUGGGCAGCUGCCAGCCCCAGUCCCGAAUGCAGCCCAGGGCUGCGCCAGGCUCACAGCCAAGCUCACCUGUACCGAGCUGAGGACAGUCAGGGGUCAGAGCACAGCUUGUACCACUCAGGGAGCUCUAAAGACAGGGAGGGAAAUGUCGCAUCUGGAGGCCAGAGCACUGAUUAUGUAGACCCCAGCCCCAACAGCUCCACCGAGUCUCUCCACCAGAGAUCUCUGGAGAUGGCCGCAGAACUGCAGCACUAUCAAGUGGAGAUGCACAGCGUGCCUGCACAGGUGAGCCAGUCGCCACCACCAGCCCCACCCCCUCCUCCUCCGUACAACCAAAAAUUUGGCUCCCUGGGACUUUCCAGGAAGGACAGUCUGACUAAGGCGCAGCUUUAUGGAACACUUCUGAACUGAAGGACUUUCCAAUCAGGUUGCAUCUUCAAUAGUAGACACAGAGCCCUGGUUUGUUCAGCUGCACCUUCUCGUAGUGCAGCCAUUUUGACGGCUUGAGUAGAAGCCAGGAGUUCUUCAGUAUCAUAAACAUGUAACCAUUGCUGAUUAUUUAAAAGCACUGAUGGCGUGGCAGUGGAUGGCAAUUGUUUACAUUAUAAAUUUCUCAAGGCAGUAAGUCAAGUUAGGGGUCAGAUGUGGGGAAACAGACAAAGAGGAGCUCACAGAGUCCUUAAAACUUUUGAGAAUGUGUAUGUGUUAAACUACAAAUGUACAAAUAUAUACUAACUUAAAAUUGAGUGAUAUAUUUUGUAUGUAGCUGUUAGCAAGAGAUACAUUUAAAAAACAGUGCAAAAUCCUAUUGGUAAUCUGGAACUUGUAAAUAAAUUAAAAAAAACUUCCACUGCUUUAUUCUAAAAACCCUGAGAGAGGUAUUUUAAUUGCCCCUUGACGUGCACAGAGAUUUGUUUCAGCCGUUAUUUUUAAUCUGCUGCAACAGCGAUGGCCUUGUGAUGAUUUACAUACAAGUGUUGAAAGGAAGCGAAAAAACAAAGACAAAUUAGUACCUUAAACGAACCAUGAGAAACAUUUGUUUUGUUUUUCCUUCUGUUAAAUGGAUUUGACAGUAUUGAUGGGAGUGUUUUAUUGUUAUUGAUGGAACGUUUGAUCUGUUUUACCAGUCAGUAUUGCUUUCUUUUUUGCUCUUCUAUAUCCCCCAAGAGAAGUUUCCUGUCCCCUUUCUACCUCAGAUUUGGAUGCCCACACCCCACAAAACCACUGUAACCCCGUUUAUUUCACAACGAUGCAUGUUUAUAUAUUUUGGUUGUUUUGUUCGCCUAAUAAAGCACAAAUUAUACAUA